UGCUAGAAAGGCCAGAUCUAUGCGGAAGGCUUGAUGCGUUGCCCCACCUCCUUUAAUUUUCCGGGAAGAGGCUUUUUUUCCUACUCCUGGUGGAGGAGUGGAAGGCCCAUGUUGCUGCAAAGGGGCAGGAGAGAGAAAGACGGUGCUAUGGCGUUGGCGAUCCAACCAGGCGCAUAUUCAUUCAAUGGCAGAGUGAAAAGCAUUGCCAUUCGUAGACCGCAGUUUCUGGUGUCUUUCGAAAAAGUGGCUGUCUAUUUCAGCAAGGAAGAGUGGGAUUUCCUGGAUUCAGCUGAGAAGGCUCUCUACACGGAGGUGAUGCUGGAAAACUACGGCAAUGUGACCUGGCUGGAAUUUCCCAAGCCAGUCCUCAUCGCCUGCCUGGAAGAAGGAGAGGAGCCAUUUCUCCAAUGCUCUGAAGAAGAGGAGAGAUCAGGUGUUAUCUCCAUAGACAAAACAGUGGAAAUGAAAGCAGGUUUUGGAUCACUUUGUUUUGGUGAUGGGAUAGAAAGAACUGUUCUGCAGCGGCCUCAAUGGCUGAUGUCCUUUGCGGAGGUGGCUGUGUAUUUCAGCAAGAGAGAAUGGGAUCUACUGGAUCCAGACCAAAGAGCUCUGUACAAGGAAGUCAUGCUGGAGAACUAUGGGCUUGUAACUUCUCUUGAAAUACCCCAAUCAGACCUCAUCUCUUGUCUGGAAGAAGGACGAGAUCCGUUUAUCCAGGAUUCUGAGGAAAAGAAGAGAUUGUUGGAUACCCGCUUGGGUUGGGACAGUGAGAAAUAUAAGAAGCCUCCUCUGCGGCCAGUGCAAUUUACCAACUCUGGAGAGGAGAAACAGUUAUUUAUGAAUCCACAGGGAAGUAAUUCUCAUGAGCCAGUUAAGAAAGGGAAGACACCAUCUCCGCAAGCUUACUUUGCUGAACUUUUUGCAGAAGACGAUGACGAGAAAGGAAAGGAAAAGAAGAAAGUUUCCAUUUUUGGGAAGCUACUGAAAGAUAACACUAAAUUAAAUAAACCUUGUGGAACGAACACAGGGGAGAAACCCCAGGAACAAAUGGAGCCUGGGAGUAAGUGUUUGAGUAGUGGUGGAACGGAUGGUAAACAACAAAAAACUCAGACUGGGGAGAAGCCAUAUAAAUGUUUGGAGUGUGGAAAAGGUUUCAACCAGAACUCAAGCCUUACCGCCCACGUGAGAAUUCACACCGGGGAGAAACCAUAUAAAUGCCUGACCUGUGGAAAGAGCUUUUGCCGUAGCUCCCACCUUACGAGCCAUCGGAGGACUCAUACGGGGGAGAAACCUCAUAAGUGUGCAGAGUGCGGCAAAAGCUUCAGUCAGCGCUCACACCUUACUAGCCACCAGAGAACCCACACUGGGGAGAAACCCUACAAAUGCACAGAGUGCGGGAAGGGGUUCAGUCAGUGUUCAAGUCUUACGAGUCACCAGAGAACUCACUUGGGGGAGAAGCCGUACAAUUGUGGAGACUGUGGGAAGAACUUCAACACAAAGUCCAGCCUUACUGUCCAUCAAAGAACGCACACAGGGGAGAAGCCAUAUAGUUGCACCGUGUGUGGGAAGACCUUCAGCGACGGGGGAACACUCAUUAAGCAUCAAAGGACUCACACGGGGGAGAAGCCGUAUAAAUGCACAGAUUGUGGGAAGACCUUCACCCGGAAAGUACACCUCACUCGACAUCAGAAAGUACAUACAUUGGAACUGCCGUAUAUAUGCAUGAAGUGCGGAAGGAUCUUCAGUAAGGACUCAGCCCACGGGGCAUUUCAAGGUCCGGACACAGAAGGAAAACCAUAUGAAUGUAUGGAGUGUGAAAAUAGCUUUUGGUUCAGCUCAGAUAUUAGUAAUUUUCAAAAAAGCCCACAAAAUGAAGGAGCUGCGCAAAUGCGUCAUGUUUGGAAAGGUCUUCAGCAUGAACUUCAGCCUUAUUGAACCCAACAGUAGCUCCAUUGGGGAGAAACCAGAUUCAGUUAAUUUCCACAUUUGAUGUAGUUAGAGGAGUCAGGAAUGCGUCGAAAAAACAUGAAUUUUUAAUACUUUUUCAACCCUAAAGAACACCUUUCUUGGAGUCUCUGGUCAUUGAGUGUAACUCUUUGAUCAACUUCCUAUAGAAUUGCUCUGGAGGACCUAUAAAUACCUAGAUGAGUGUUCUCUCUGGGGAUCUGAGAAUCUUCGAGCUUGACUCUGUCAUAUUAUAUUAAACAUAUGAAAUCUGCAAACGUGGAGGGCUAGCUGCAAUCUGUGUGGUCUUGCACCAGGUCAAAGGUUGAUGCAUCUGGCAGACCUUGGAGGUCCUUAAAGAGCUUUCCAAACAAAACAGAACUUGGGAUUUUUCAAAGUAUAGUUUACACAGAAGCACAGAUUUCAAAGAACUUCUGUUUUCCUUCUGGGACAAGUGCCAAUACAUCCUAACUAAAAGCAAAAGAAAUAUGUGAAACAGACCAAAAAUAGGGAGAGGAAAAUAGACCCUUUUGUAUGGAUUUCUUCUUCAUAGAAAGCCCCUGUACCAUUUCAUUUUAUUCCUUUGUUUUUGUGCUGCUAGUAAUUUAAGGACUGCUUCUUUGAUCAUGUCGUGAUGACUGCUGAACAAGAAAAAAAAUGAAUUUUAAAUUUUGGAGACCAAAAGGACUCAGGUCUUGCUUAUGAAUAUAAAAGUAUAGCUGUCUUCAUGAUGCAAAUCUGAACUAUCUGCUCAGUGAUUUUAAUAGUAUGGAUACAAACAAGCUCCAAAGAAAAAGUGAAAUGUGGACAAAAAUGACAAAGGGUGGGGGUUUGUUUUGCGGAUGCUAAGCACUGAAGGAUGACUCUUGAGUCACCAUGUUGUAGAAGGCCUUCCGUUUUUCCUUAAGCAAGAAUAGUAAGAAACGGACAAGCGAGGAAUGGAUUUUUGUCCCUCCUGGGAUUGUAUUUUUAGCUGAAAAUAGAUCAAUGGUACAGUUCAGAAGAGAACAAACCCCCUUAUUUGUGGUUUAAACUACCUGUAUCCUUAGCUGAUAAGCGGUACGAACAAAAGCAAAACUCAACGUUUGACAGUUUGGGAUAAUUUGCGAAUGCCCAGGGGAUUUAAGGGAAUUAGGAAAGAUUGGAAGAUGCUGAACACAGUAUGUAGCAGGCAUGGGCAAACUUCGGUCCUCCAGGUCAGUAGUUCUCAACCCAGAGUUCCCAGAUGUUUUUGGCCUUCAGUUCCCAGAAAUACUAACAGCUGGCAAACUGGCUGGGAUUUCUGGGAGUUGUAGGCCAAACAUCUGGGGACCCCAGGUUGAGAACCACUGCUAAAGGUGUUUUGGGCUUCAGUAGGCUGUUAGGAAUGAUGGGAGUUGAAGUCCUAAACACCUCUAGGGCUGAAGUUUGCCCAUACCUGGUUUGGAGCCUCCAUUUGAUCCUUAUCUUGCACUUUCUCCAACUUCAUAGAGUCGAAAAUGGCCAUUGUAAACUUUCCUUAUUCUGCUGUGGGAAGUAAAGCUCCAGGAAGCAAUGUAAAAGGGCUUCUGAGUUACAAUUACGUUGAGACCUUUAGGACCAUCUCACACCAGGCUGUUAUAGCCGCAAUGGAUUGGAUGUCAUACUGUUAUAUGUCUUCAGAUAAGUUCAAAUCAAAGUCAGUUUCUGAUUGGAACUUAUGUCCUUGUCAUAAUUUAUCCCUAUUUGCAGUUUGGGUGUGUAGAGGGAAGGCUAUGAUUUUUGUGCUGCUAUUUAUUUGUGGGUAAAGACACCAGGCCCUGUCUGAUUUUAGAAGCUAAGUAAGGUCAACCCUGAGAUAUCACCAACUGUAUGAAAUGUUACCAGCAACUGCUGUAAGCUAUAUACUAUAUUAUGUUAAACUGCUUUAAGUCUCCUUCAAGAGAGAUAAAGUGGGGUAUUAAUAAUAGUAAUUAUAGUAAUAAUAAUAAUUUAUUAUUAUUGACACAGACAUAGUAUGACACAGCUAACGAGAUACAUAUGCUGGAUUUCGUAUUACAAAAUCACUACUCGAAUACUUCCCAAGUGUUUAGGACUGUGUGAUUUAUUAAUUAUUAUUAUUAUUAUUAUUGUAUGACACAGCAAACAAGAUAGAUAUGCUGGAUUUCGUAUCACAAAAUCACAAGUUGAACACUUCCCAUGUGUCUAGGACUGUGUGAUGUAUUUUCGGAUGAUGCGCGGAGAUCCCAGUAGGGUGGCCUUUUGCAGUCGGCAGAUCGUAAUUUUGUUAAUGUCUAUUGUUUCCAAAUUAUUAUUAUUGACGACCCCUCAUGCUUGUCUUCCAAGGGUAGAGUCUUGACAGUAGGUCCAUAAGUGGCUGUAGAGACCUAUUUUGGAUCCUCAUGGUCUUUCACAUUGAGGCCAUAGGUUUCCAGGUGGAAGCCAUUCCAGGUGGAAGGGUUUGCUUGAUGUGCCUUCCUCUCCGAGUCGGCACUUUCUCACUUUUCCCCUCUAUUUGUGAGUCCUCAAAAUCCAUGGCACUGUUGGUAUCCACUGCCCAUAAGAUGGUCCAUGGCUAGGAGCAGUCACCAUGGGACUUUUGUUAGCCAUUUCCAAGAGAUGAAGGUGAGGGAUUUCUGCUCAACCUAUGACAUUUUCAGUUUGGUGUGUCUUAGAGGUCCAUCCCAUUACACUCUGCUACUUAAUAUCUACAGUCAGGCCUCUGUAACCAUGGAUUUUGAAUCCAGAGAUUCAGCCAUCCAUGGCUUGAAAGUAUGUCCUAUAUUUUGUUUAAAAUCCCCAUGGAUUUUGGCAUUUUCUGUAAGGGUCCCAUUUUACUAUGGCAUUGUAUAUAAUGGAACUUGAGCAUCCAUGGAUUUUGUUACUCAUAACCAAACUCCAGUGGAUACCAAGCACCCACUCUACAUGCAACUGUUACAUGAGUAGGUGUGUGAUAUUAUCACUGACGUUGGGCUGAUUGCAGACCAAAAAAUGGCUUGAAAGACUUCUGAGAGAAUGAAAUCUGUGCUAAAAGCAAAACCUCACCUCUAGCAUUGAACCUUGGGUAGGGGUAUAUUUUUCUGGUAUGUUCCUCCUGCCUAAACUGUCUGGGAUCUUGCUCAUUGCCUGAACUCCAAAAUAUUGAAACUCCAAAACUCUUGGGAAAGUAAUUCUACUCCCAGUAUUAACCUUGCCCUCUUAAGAUAGUUCACUUCUUUAACGAGUUCUGCACUGACAUGAGUUGAGUCCAGUAUGGAGCAGAGCACCUUGAGUGUUUGUUACCAGCUUUGCUGGCAUCUGAACUACAGUCCCGUUGGUUGGCGGAUAACUUGGCUUUAGUGAUCCUUUCCCUAGAAACUCCCCUUUGGAUUACAGCUACCUCAAGAUGGUUUGGAUUUUCACUUGUAAACCCUUGUAUAGUUUGUGCAUCCAGGACCUAAAAGAACUUUUCUUCCAUUAUUUACCUCUCCAUGCCUUAAGAGCAUCGGUGGAAGCCCUUCCAAUAUUAACUCUCAAAUCCCUGUUGAAUAUGGGAAAUAGAAAUGAAGGCUCUUUUGUGGUAGCUGCCUGGCAUAUUCUUUUCAGAGAUGGGUAUUGGUAAGGGUAUCUUUUGCAUGCUGAGCAAAGGCCUUUCUCCUCUUUUCAUGUUUUCAGUAUUGAUGGUAUAAUCCCGGAUCAUAUUUGGUUAGUAUAUAAUCUUCCGUAUUUGUAAUGAUUGUGCCGAUGUAGUCUGUGAUUUUAUUUGAGAUUUUCUUGUAUUCUUAUGUAUUGCUGUUUAUGUUGACUAGAUUUCUGUAUGUUGCCAAGAGAACUAUAUUACUAUGUGGCUAAUAAAUGUGGAUGGCAAAGUAA